UCUGCGCUCUCUCCCGGACCUCCUCGCGUCGCCAUAGCAACGGCCCAACAGGCGGGCCUGAAGAACAAGGAGGAGGCCUCUUGAGCCUCGCCGCGGAGCCUGGCUGGGCCGGGGACUCGGAGCGCCGCCUGGCUCGGUGCAAUCCGGGGCCAUGGUGACAGACUUUGAUGAGAAGCACGACGAACACUUAGUUCUGCUCCAGCAGAGGAACAGGAUACUGAAGCAGCUCAAAAGGAAAGACCCGAUACAGACCCGGCUGGAGCAGCUGGAGCAAGGGUUCACUCUGUACGUGAACGGAGCGAACUCGGAAGCAAGUAACCAGCGCAGGAAGGCGAUUGUACAGUACAUUCCCAGGAGAAGCACCGGGGCAACAAGGAGAAACCUUGGAGUUCACUACACCAAUGCAAGCAGCCUGCUCAGAGAAGGGGGUGUGCAAGGGAGGGCCACACAAAGCGCACCUAGUAAGAUCCAGCGCCGGGAGUGGCUCCAGAAAGCAGUGCAGAUCAGAACUGAAAGUGGGGCCAAGCUCCACAUUGCCCCUCCUUCUGAAUACUCAGAGGACUUUGAACCGUAUGAAAGCCAAGACCUGCAAGCAGAGGACUAUGAGCAGAAUGGUCCUGCCCAGAGCCUUGUGUCCCCUGAAAGUGCAGUUUCUGAUGAUGUUAUCCUCCUUGACUCAGAGGCAGGACAGAGCUUGAGCAAUGAUGCAGAAAAGGGAAGGUUGCGGCUCAGCCUCGAAGAUGUCAAGGAGCUACGUCGGACUUUGGAGUUCACUGUGAGCCAGAACAGGAUGGAGGAAGAUUCAUCAGAGGGAGAGGACACCGACUCUGUGGAGGAGGAUGUUCCUGCUGAGCCCUCUGAGGAAGAGAGCCCCACGGAGAUGGCCAGAGAGGGCCUUGAGCCAGUCCUCAGGAGCUCCUCCAUUUCCCCUGCCAAGGGAAGGGGCCAUGGCACAGAAGCCGGCUCUUUGGUCACACUGGAAUUUAAGCCAAGCUACCCAAGUCUCAGGAAGGAGCGGAGCCUCUCUGCCAGAAGAAAGGAGGGCACUGAUGCCUACAUUCCUACCAAACCCAUGAGCCACACAGACCACCCGCUGUCCACUGAGUGCCAAUGCCAAGAACAGCAGGAACUGAGCCUCUCCAGGCCGGUGAGCCGAUCGGAAAGGCCUCUCUCUGCAAUCCGGAAGGCCCUCUGUGAGAAGAAGGACCCAGUGCGGUCGGCCUCCAUAGUCCUAAAAGCUGUGGCGGCAGAAAAUGAGACCCUCCAGGAGGAACUGCUCUCCAGGCAGCUGGGGGUGGCAACUGAAAUGCAGCCAGCAUCACCAUCAUCUGAGUCCAUGGAGCCCCACCGACCUCUGGAGGAACAGGAGUGGAUCGGGCCACUCGGAAGCAGGUGCUGGUGUGGGUUUGUUUUGAAUCUCUUCUCGGCUGAGGGACUAAGGGACAGCCCUGAGGUAACACCCCCAUAUUUAUCCCUUGAUUGUCCAUUGAUCUCUCCAGCAUUUCCUCCCUCCCGUUCCUCCUUCAGGCAACAGAAGAAGCUUUUGAAAGUGCUGCAAGAGAUCGAGAGACAGUCCACCUCUUGUGGCCCCUCAGUCUGGGGCUCUGAGCAUCAAGGAUCUCCUAUUCUGGGCCAGCCAGAACCAGAACGGGAAAUUCCAGAUGCCAUUUACAUCACGGUGGAGAUCCUCUCCAACUGGGGGGAUGCCACAAGGGUGGGCCUGACAGAGGUGGAGUUCUUUGACUUGCAUGACGGGAAACUCUUUGUGUCUCCUCACGAUGUGGACAUCCGCCAUUCCGAUGCACCAGGAGACCUUACCUCCCUGGUCAACAGAAAGCCAGAAGCCAGCAGCCGCUUCCCCUGGACCUGCAUCUUCCAACCUCCAGUGCAGCUGUACUUUGUGGUCCGAAAUCCCAGCCUCUCAGACGACUUUGGUCUAUCCAAGAUCCGGAUUUGGAAUUACAGCGCCCCUGCAGCUGGUGAUCUUGAGGUUGGAGCGCGGAAUGUCCUCGUCUACAUUGAUGGGGCCCUGGUCUUUGAGGGCCCUCUGGCCAAAGGCUGUGUGAAUCCCAGGGUGGACGGCAGUGGCUGCACCACCAUCAGCCUCCUGGGAAGGGGUCCCUGUCUGGUAGGGAAGAAAGCCCCUGUGGAUGGAGGAGGGCCUUUGGCUCCAGAGGCCUCGUUGGGAAAAGAUGGCCCUGAGGAGAAAGUGACCCCCAACAGCCCCGCUGUAACAUCAGGGGAUCCCUCUUCCUCCCCAGUGGACAGGAGUGACCCUUCACCAGGAAUCCCUGGAUCUGUGCCACCAGAAGAGGGUGAUGGCCUUCCACUGAGCGAAGAAAUGGAAAGGCUUUCUGGGAGGAAGCUCUCCCCGCUGCCCAGCCUGAUCUCCUCGCCUUGGACUGUGCCCCCUCUGGAGACUAAGGGGGAGAAGGGUCAGGGGGGUCCCACCAGGCCACAGCUACCCCCCUGGAUGGAGCCAGAGGCCCCUUCGGACCCCAGGGCCCCAAGGAGGGGCCCCCUGAGGAUGGCCAGCCAGAGGCCCCAGGCCCUGCUGCCCGAACUGGAGAGAGCCAGCAGCGAGGCGCCAGGCACAGAGAGAAAGCUGCUGGUGGGGGGCCAUGGCCAGGAGCCCUCAGCUGAUCCAGACCCCCUGGGCCCCCUCCCUUCCCAGCGUAGCCCUAUUGCAGAGUUGUUUCCUGUGGGACGAAACCCGGGCGGCCAAGGGAAGGAGGUACUGGGCUGGGAACUCUUCUGCGGAGAGGAAGAAGGCCAGCCUGAGAGAGGCUCUCUUUCAGGGGAGGUCCCUUCUUCCAAGGGGAGCAGCGCCAGGCCCUCGCGCGCCAAGUGGAGUGGCACUUCCCCGGAGGAGGCCCUGCAGGAGUCUUGGAACUCCCUCCUGAGGUUCGACCGUCUGCACCACGGCCGCAUCUCCAACCUGGACUUCCAGGGGGACAUCUUUGACGAGUUCCUCCUCCAGCAGAAGGCCAGCCGACAAGGAGACUCCCGGGUCCGGGCUCCAGGAAGUGGGCAGGGGACUCCCAGGCGCCUGGAGGGGGAGGACGGUCUGGGCCCAGUGCAGCAACAGGAGCAGGGAGUCGAAGAGGAAGGGGGCGACUUCAGGAUCCCACUCCUGCCGUUUGGGCAGCAUCUGAAGAUAGAGAUCCUGUCGACCUGGGGAGACAGGCACUAUGUGGGCCUCAACGGGGUUGAGCUCUUCAGCUCCAAAGGGGAGCCCAUCUCCGUGGCCCGAAUCACAGCUGACCCCCCCGACAUCAACAUCCUACCAGCCUACGGGAAGGACCCCCGGGUAGUGAGCAACCUACUGGAUGGAGUGAACCGGACACAGGACGACAUGCAUCUCUGGCUGGCCCCCUUCACCCCUGGGAGGCCGCACUGCGUCUUCUUGGACUUCGCCAAGCCCUGCGAGGUGGCCAUGAUCCGUGUCUGGAACUACAACAAGUCCCGCAUCCACUCCUUCCGGGGCGCCAGGGACGUCACCAUGAUGCUGGAUGGGCGGUGCAUCUUCCAAGGGGAAAUCGCCAAGGCCUCAGGGACACUCUCUGGAGCUCCAGAGCAGUUUGGAGACACUAUCUUGUUCACAACUGAUGAUGACAUCCUGGAGUCCAUCUUCUGUUAUGAUGAGUCCUGCGAGGAGGAGGCCGAAGGCAUCAGUAGCUUGAGGCUCGAGGAGAUGAGGCGGCCGAGGACUGCAGAUGGAGAGGGGGACGAGAGGCCUUUCACGCAGGCCGGCUUCAGGGCAGAGGGCAAGCAGAGCCAAAGGCAAGCAUCUCUGCAGGAUCCUGCCCCAGAGGUAGUGGCCGAGCCAGGCGUCUAUCUUGGGAAGUGCCUCCUGCUGAACUUCACUGUCUCCUGGGGAGACUCCCAUUAUCUUGGUCUGACGGGGCUAGAAGUGGUCGGGAGGGACGGCCAGGCUAUCCCCAUCUCGGCGGCCCAGCUCUCUGCUUCUCCCCAGGACCUGAAUGACCUCUUGGAGUACACUGAAGACUCACGGACCGUGGACAAAUUAAUUGAUGGGACGAACAUCACAAUGGAGGACCACCACAUGUGGCUCAUCCCCUUCAGACCUGGGGAGGAUCACAUGCUCACCAUCCAGUUCCCUCAAGCAAAGAGCAUUGCGGGGCUCCGCAUCUGGAAUUACAACAAGUCUCCUGAAGACACGUACCGAGGGGCGAAGGUGGUCCAUGUCUCCCUGGAUGGCUUCCGCAUCUCUCCACUGGGGGGUUUCCUUGUCCGCAAGGGGCCUGGCAGCUGCCACUUUGACUUUGCGCAGGAGAUUCUCUUCAUGGACUACCUGGCAGAGGGCCCUAACCUUCCAGUCUCUGAGCGGACAGAGACAAAUGUGGUGGAACAAGCCAGCAUGGACUAUGAGGCUCCCUUGAUGCCUUGUGGCUUCAUUUUCCAAUUCCAGCUGCUGACCAGUUGGGGGGAUCCCUAUUACAUCGGCCUGAACGGACUGGAGCUGUACAACGUCUGCGGGGAGAGGAUCCCUCUCAGAGAGAACAACAUUGCUGCCUUCCCAGACAGCGUCAACAUCCUCGAGGGGAUCAGUGGAGACGUCCGUACUCCGGACAAACUCAUUGAUGGCGUGAACAAUUCCAACGAUGGGAGGCACUUGUGGCUGGCCCCCAUCCUUCCUGGCCUGGUGAAUCGAGUUUACGUGAUCUUUGACCUGCCCACCACCGUCUCCAUGAUCAAGCUGUGGAACUAUGCAAAAACUCCCCAACGAGGCGUCAAGGAGUUUGGGCUCCUGGUGGAUGACCUGUUGGUGUACAAUGGGAUCCUGGAGUCGGUGGGCCACUUGGUCCAGGGCAUCCUGCCCACCUGUGACCCGGUGGUCCCCUAUCACACCAUUCUCUUCACGGACAAUGAGAAGAUUUGCCGCCAGGAGAAGAGCACCGUCAUCAGCAACCACAUUGAGGACCAGGAUGUGCGGCUGAUGAAUGAAAACCAGGUUAUUUCCUCUUCCUCCCGAAAGAAACAAGUGGCAGCUGACCCAGCCCUGCGCCCUAAGACUUGCAUUCGGGACAAAGGACUGCUGCGGAGGCCCAGGCAGUGAGGGGAAGAGAAGCAGUGCUCUCGAGGAGGGUCUGUCCGUCCCACUGGUCCCAGCCUUGAAUGGAGAGAGAAGCGUCAGUGAGCUGCCCAGUAAGAGACUGAAGGACAGAACUCUUUGCAGCAGGUGGGUUGGGAGGAAGAGGAGAGGCAGCCAGAACCAGGCCCCUCCUCAGCUGCAGUGCCAUUAAAUCCCUUUGCCAACCAGAGCCCUGCUUACCUCUGCCUCGAAGCCCAACAAUAUGGGGGCAACUGUAGGGCUAGGCUCCUGCUAAGGCCCCCUGCCCCUAAGCCAUAGGCUGCAGAGGAAAGGGGAAGCCGGCACCACAGCCAGCGAGGAAGUGGCACUCCCUCCCUGUGUGUUUGUCAGGGUGUUUGUGGGUGCCUCCAAUAAAGUCUGCCCUGAACAAAG